UUUUAGCACAGCUUACUCUAUGUAGUCCUCAUUAUCCAUUAUUGCAAAGAUCAAGGACUGGAUUUCAAUAUACAUAAGAAAUGCUCUUCGAUUUCUAGAUGACUGCCCCGCUUUCGGGAUAUUUCUGAGUCACAAUUCAGAACUCAGAACUCUCAACUCAGAACUCAAAGCCCCGAGUCAGAAGUGUGCUCCAGCUCACAUUAGCACUGUGUUAUCAGCUAUCAGUGCACUAAAUAAUAAGUCAUUGCCGAAUGAAAACAUUGUGUUCCCAAGUGGGAGGACAGGUGAACUUCAGCAGACAGCUUGGGAUCCAAUUGGCACGCAUAUAUGAUAACAGAUACCAUGCCAAAGUGGACUAGGUGUCGGGACAGGCCUACAGAUAUUCCCUUGAUUAGAUAAACUAGCUAGGGGAUAUUGGUAAAAAUACAAGCACAUGCGACUAAUGAAUUGAAUCGUAAACGUGAAUACUAUGAAGUCGUUGACUUUCUUUGGCCCGGGGGAGUUGCUUUUGUCGGUUCGAUCUACGCGUUCUUUAAUCCCCAUUCAGCUGGCUAAUAGAGCGCAGAACUGGUUUCCCCGAUCCAGAAAUACUCCACCGGGUGAUGUAACAGAGAACUCCACUUUAUGUGAUCCACAGACGACUCGUAAACAUGUCUAUGACACACGACCUGUAACGGAACCCAAAACCAUGAGUCGCACCCGAUCGAAAAAGUUCCUAAGCCAUUAAUAUCACACCGAAAGAAAAAGUCCAGCCCUUAAAAUUUGGGAACCAAGAAGAGAAGCUGAUUUGAGAAACAAAUUCGAAUAAAAAAAUAUUUGUUGUAAAGAAUGAAGGAAAUUAGAGAUUAAGGCAGCGGAUGUUAAACUGCGUUCAAGGGCACAUUUUUCAAAAGAUUUUUGCUGGCAACUAAAAAGCUGUGCUAUAUCUUUUUCUUCAGUGGCACCGCCCAUCUUCAUAUGCAUACAAAUAACGUCAUAUAUCAAAGAGCACUAACGCGGGAUAUUGAACUCUUCGGAUUCAUUUGGGAAAAUGCAGGGCUGGCAGAACGAUUAUGGAAGUGGACUGGACUGAGAAGUGGAGGCAUCCCACAAAGCCCCCAUAUGCAAAUUAAUGAGCGCAGUUAUUAGAACGGUGCUUGAUCGAUCCAAAAUCGAGAUCGAAAUCGAGAUGAACAGAAAAGAAAGGCAUCCCAAAUUUGGGCCAUUGCAUGGGUUAUUCUAAUGAGCAAACCGGGCAGAAGAUGUGGGAUUAUCACAGAUGCACCGCCUAUAAAAGGGGAAUGCAGCUGCAGUGGUCAGGUUAUUCCGAGAGAGAUCAUGGAUCGAAGAGUGACAGCGAUUGGUUUGGUUAUCCUGCAGCUGCUGGUCAGCGGCUUCUGCUUCCAGGAGAAGGCUCCGCUGCAGACGAGCCUGGUCAGCGGACAGGCCAGGAACGACAAGCAGCAACAGGUGCUGGACGAUCCGCUGGGAAGUGGACGCGGAAUUGAAGACCACCUGCUGAAGACCAUUGGUAAGGGCGGCAUCAAGCUGGUGAUGGCCUCGGGCGCCCCGACGACCACCCCGAAACCGUCAGUACAACACCAUUACUAUUAUCCACCAGAGGAUCAGCAGCACCCACGGCAGUACGGCUAUCCGCCGCCCUGGUCGCCAGCACCGGGCCCUUAUCCGCCGCCUCCACAGCGUCCCUGGGGGCCACCACCGCCACCCGGACCUCCGCCGCCAGGACCUCCUCCGCCGGCACCCUACUACAAUCCCUACUACAAUGGCUUCAACUACUACGGCGCAUAUGGCGGCUAUGGCUAUGGGGGCUUUGGCUAUCCCGGCUACUCAGGCUAUCCUGGCUAUCCCUACUAUCCCUUCUAUCGCUCCUCGACGGCUGGGGAGGUCGAUAACCAGCUCCCCGGCGCCGAUGGACUCGCUUCCGGCGCCAUUCCUGGCGUUUUCCAGGGCAGGGCCGUGCUGUCCCACCAGAACUUCCUCGACGGCAGGAACAACGCAAACAUUGUGCCCCUUUAUCACCUGCUCCAAAUGGCCAGAACCUAAAGUACUGUAA